AUGUCGUCUCUGUUUACUCGUAUAAGUAAAGGUCAUUUUCUGGGAAAGGGUGGAAAUGGAAAGGUGUUUGAGGCACAUAGCAAGAACGGUGACAAGCAGCUUGUCGUAAAACAAGGUCGGUGGUGGAGUCAACAUUGCGAAACCCCGCCAGAGAUAGCUAACACUUGCCUUAUGCAACAGAUGGGCGUACGAGGUAUCAACCACAUGGUCGAUUGUGAGAUUUACCAUGACAAGACCAAAAAUGGAGCGAGCAAUUACAGCGUGGUAUUUGAAAGAAUGCCAAUGGACCUAUUUACCUAUGUGGAAAAGUUUGAUAUCCCUGAGCCUGUGGUGAAAGACAUUAUGUGGCAAAUCAUUUUGAUUCUUUGUGAAAUGGAUAGCAAGUGCCAAUUGAUGCACAUGGACAUGAAACCAGAGAAUGUGUUGAUCGAUCCAGACACCAUAGAAGUUCGCCUAUGUGAUUUAGAGUUUUGCGUACCAACUGAUGACGAGUGCAUAUCUUUGAAAUCAUAUGAAGUUUCCACACCUGCCUAUCGUGCUCCUGAGAGACAGUUCAAGGUAUGCUUCCCUCGUAAGUCUACAGUCUGGUCACUGGGUAUAAUGGCCUAUGAGAUGUUACACGAUGAUGUUCCGUGGGAAUCGUACGUCAUUGAAAAAGGAGCUGCGCUUAAGUUUGGGACCAAUGUUUCGGAACAGUAUAUCAACUUUGUUUUGGCAUGCCUAGAGCCCAUCCCCAGUGAAAGACCUGAAGUCUCAGCUCUACUACAACAUCAAUGGUUGUGUGACUGA